AAAAGCUGUAUUUUAAAUAAGUGCAAAAAUUGAAUAACUUAGAUAUGUCAACAAACUUAUCGAAUUAAAAAAGUAGCUAGUUGAAAUUGUUGGACAAGAAUUUCUGUACGAAAAAAUAAUAACGGGGAAAAAAUCACUGUACAUACCUACCUAUUUUGGUAAAUAAAAUGCAUAUUUUUCAAUUUUUAAUUGCAUACGAAUCCUAGACCUGGUCAUAAAUACUAUGUUACAAUGUAACUUAAUAGUAUAUUGUUUAAUUUGUAUAUCGAUUUAUCAAAAACAUCAUAAACGCAUCAACAACCAUAUGAUUUCUGUGAUAUAAUAAUAUGAUAUACAGUGUAUUAUACACUUAUCUAUCCGAUACUUAAUAUUGGUUGUUAUAAUGUUAUCGUAAAUUGUAAUGUCUCAAUAAAAUUCUUGUAACUUCGUUAGUUCGUGUACAGUUGUCAGUUUGCUGGGUAAAACCGUAAAUACAGCAUAUAUAGAGUAUUGACGCGAACAUAGACAUAUAAAGAGAUAUUAUAUGUCUAUGGACGCGAAUGCCACGAUAACAAUUAAUAAUUGUACACCAAUUACUUUUUAGGGAAAACUAAAUAUAUAUACACAUAUUUGAUAUUAUUUUAUCAUUUGGUUAACAUGCCAUCAGCUAAAGUUUGUAGAUAAGCAAAAAAAAAUUUUUUCGAAUUAAAUAAUUAAUUACGGUCCCUCUUUUUCGGGCCCCUUAAAACGUUCGGGCCCGGGAGGAAUCCUACUUUUCCUCCCCCCACCGGUAUCGACAUGCCCGCGUGUGACACCUGUCUUGUCACCCCUCUGCCUUUCCGACGCCGAAGUGCGCUCGCGCGAACUUUUGGCGACCGGCGUCACUGGCCACCGGUUCUUCUGCGGUCCGGCGUUUUCGUCAGUUCGUCUGUCUUUGUACCACCGCCGUCCGGUAUAUACCGUGACCGCGGGUGUCGGUCGCUUUUGUUGUACCACGUUGUCGUCGUGUGCAUAGACUUAUGGAAAUAGACGGAACAUUAGGUAUGAUAACGCGUGCAAUUGUCCUCGUGAUCGGGCACUAUUAAUAUUAAAGCCAUGUAAUUGGCUGUCCUCGGAGCAGCGGACAUUUCUCUCACUCUUAUGAUAAAACUCGUGCUAUCUCUCUUAAUCCGUUUGACACGACCACGCCUCCCAGUCCUCGGGCCUAAAUGUUCAGUCUAUUUCUUUAAGUCUAUGGUCGUGUGUCGACCGACAACCUUUUUUGAUACUGUGUGCUGGUUUGAUUCCCCAACAUCACCCGUCGCGCGUAACUACACGUGGUCGCACUUUCGCAUAUUAUAUAUUAUACCCAAACGCGGAGUCCUCGUGUGGCUCGUGACAUUGUAUUAUCGCGAGGUCAACGGAUUCACCAUCGUCGAGCAAUCUACAAUUUAAUUUGGCGAAUUCGCGGGAUCGCGCAAACUAUUCUUAUCGAUAUCCGUCUUCGCCGUGGGAUUCCGCCACCAGUAGUUGUGUGACCAGGCGGCAGGCACCAGCGGUUUACUCUAUUAGGCAAUACAAAUGUUUGCAAUGUUUGCAUUAAUGUUUGAAUCGCUUUUUAAUAAAUGCGAGAAAAAAGCUAAGGUUGCUACUCAUGCAAUUGAAUUUGAAAUAGGUGAAAAUACUAGACAAAUUAUAAGAGAACUGCUUACUGAAAUCAAUAAGAUAAACAAAAAUGUGACUAACGGUGAUAGUUCUUCAGAGUCAAAAAAUAACAUGAUCGCUAUUGAAUUGUUGCAAGAUAUUUUAUCUCAUUCCUUAUUCUCAUUGCCGUCUUCGCUGAUUAAUGUUGAUGAUUUGCCAAACAAUUUAAAAGACAGUGUUCAAAAUGUUGGAAACAUUAAAAGUAAAUUAAACUCUUUUGGAAAAAAAAAACAAACAUCUGCAUUUGUCAAGGAUCCAAACACCGAAGGAAUUUUAAACCAAAUAAAUGAUCUUCAAUGUUUAUUCACAUGGAACAUAAUACCAAAUAAAAAGAAAAAUUUAAUUUUAUGGAUAUGGAAUAAAUAUGGAGAAUACAACUUAAAUAUAUCUUCAUCUGAAUUUACGUUAGAAAGGUUUAUAGGUAAUUUAAUUGUUUCCUUUGAAUAUUUUCAUAAGGGUGAACCUGAAUUAGCCCAAAUAAAAAUAUUAGAAAUAGGAAAAUGGCUUGAAGAAUUAGAUCAAGGUACUGAUGAGUUUUAUUUAUCUAUUAAUACUGGUCUUCAACAUAUCAUGAGGGCUACUCUCAUUCAUAUGUUAUUCCCUACAAAUCUGACAGAAGAAUGUAAAUGGUUAUUGGAAGAUAUUUCGUCAUUUGCAAAAAUGAAUUCUAAGUCAAGAGCUUCUGUACACGCAGUACGCGCAGCUGUAUUAACUGAAUAUGGCGAAAAUAUUGUCUAUUUGUCAAAAGCUUGUGACAUGGCUAAGUUAGCAUGUGAUUUGGAUCCUAAAACUUCUCAUUGGUUUUAUAUUCAUUCACUUGCAUUGACAGCUGAAAGAAAAUGCUUGAUGGCACAUAAAUUAAAACCAACUGAUGAUGAAAUAAAUGCAAUUAGUCAAGCAGUGUAUUUGUCUAAUGAUAAAAAUCCUCUUUUUAUUUAUCAUGAGAUGCUUAUGGAUGAUAUAUCUAUAAAUAAAAAAAAUUUUCCUGAAAAACAAAAAAUUGCAAACAAGAUCAAAACCAUUGUAAAUCUGGAACCAAAGGAUCCUCAUUUGGUAAUCAAAUGUGCUAAGAAAUUGAUGACUCUUCCAACUAUGGUUAGAGAUUUUAAUUUGGGAAUACAAUAUUUGAAAAAAGCAUUUCAAAUGUCACAAAAUGACGUGACUGUUUUAAAAGCUAUCGCAAAAGCAGUUGAAGCAUAUUAUAAUGCAGAAAUUUGUAAACAAAUUAAUGCCGAAGCAACUGAAAUAUUACAACUAGAAGAAGAAUUAAGACUCAUUGUGAAAAAACAAAAAAAUGGUGAAGAUCCUGCUCCUUACUUGAUUGAUUUGGUUUCUAAAUAUAAUGGAUUGAAUCAAUCAAAAAUUUUAUCUCAGUUAUGUUCGUAUACAUUAUUAUUUACAAAUCGCUUAAGAUAUAGCGUUGAGCAAUUUAAUAAGUUAAUUGAACAACCAGAAGUUGUCAAUAAUGAUAUAAUUGUUAACCACAUUUCAUUAUUUGGUUCGAAGAAAUUUGAUUUAUCAGAGCUGAUUUGUAAUGAAAUCAGAUUGGCUUCAAAUGAUAGUGGUAACUCUUCUGAUGAUAUGUUAUAUUAUUACAAAACAUUAUACAAAAUCAUAGAAACAUGCCAUUUAAAGAUUAAAAGUGUCAACUCAUCUAUGAAGAAAAAAAUCCUAAAUUCAUCAGGUAAGAAAAAAAAAGAAAAAAUCACAAAUGCCAAUUUUGAAAAUGUCGACGAGGCUUCCAAAUAUUAUACUAGAACAAUUAAGAAAACUAAAAUAUUAGUGGGAAAUAAGUAUGAUAAUAGUUUUAGAUACUGUUGAAUUAUUGAAUGGUCAAAUAAUAAUUUUCAAUUGCUCUAACUAUUGUUAGUUAUGAUUGGUGCUAUAGUCACAUAACAUACAUACUCAAUUAAUAUCUUUUAUGAAACAUAUAUUUUUACACCUGUUAAUCACCUAAUUUACCUGUUAAUCAGGUCAUUAUAAUUAAUGAAAUAUGAUUUUUAAGGUAUUUUCAUUAUCAUUCAUGAGAAAAAAUAAAAAACCUAAAUUAUAAUUUAAGGAAUUAAUUUGAAAUAUUUGAAAAUGUGGCAGUUAGAUUAAUCUAUAUGUAUCAAGUCAUAUUUGUACAAUAUUACAUAUAUUUUUUUGUAAAAUAAGCAUGGGUGACUAUUUUCAUUCACUCAUUUUCUUUCGCUCAAUUGUUGUAGAACCCCUAAAUGUUAUAUCUAAUUCUUAUAUCCUUAUUUUUGCUGAUGACACAAAUCUAUAAAAAUUAUAAAAACUAAACAAGACACAAUUAUUUUACAAUCUGAUAUCAAUAACUUAGUUUUGUGUUGUGACAGGAAUCUUUUAUUUUUAAAUUUUAGUAAAUAGAGCCCAGAUGAUUUAUAUGCUCUAAAUAUGAUAGGUUUGUCUUUCUAUACACUAUUAUUGUUUGUGUUUUCUGCAGUCUGCACUUAUUGUAAAAUUAUGAAAUAUGACUCACGUUUGUACGUUGAAAUAAGUAGAUAAACAAAAAUACUAAGUAAUAGGUAUAAAAAAUUGUUAAGAUUUACAUUAAAAAAUUGAUUUGUAUUUACAUUAUUUUAUGUCGAUUAGCUUAUAUUUGUUUGUUAGAUUACAUUUUGAGAUAAAUUAGAGAUAAUAUUUUAGGUUUGUUCUUCAUUGUAAAUUUUUUUGAUGUUGCUUGAGAAACAAUUGUUACUUUUAAUAUUUAUACUAUAUUCUUAUCUCUCUUCUUUAUUUUCUACCACAUGUCUAAUUUUUACUAAUAAUAAAUUCAUAAUAUGUAUUGUGUUUCACUGUACUUACUAAAAUGGUGUUUUACUGUUGAUUUAUAACCAAAAUUAUUUGUUAUAAUAAAUUGUUUGUCCUGAUUUCCCGAUUUAUAAAAUGUCGAUAAUGUUGUAGUAUUAAUGUAAGUAUUAAAAAUAUGAUUCAUUGUACGUUUUAUACAUUUGAGUGAUUUGACUAUACAUUAUAAUGUAUAUAGUAAUAAGUUUAUUGAAUACAUUUUAUAUUAGAUUAUGUUUUUGUAUGAAUUUUGUUGUAUUUGUUGUGGUCAAUUUUUUUUUACAUAUUUUUUUUACUGUAUUAUUUACCAAGAAAUCAUUUAGUUUUUCAUUUAAAUGAAUCCUUAUCCUAUUUAUUAUAAGGCAUUUUAAAUUGUAUGCAAA